AAACUACAAAGAGUCCGUAAGUGAUGACCUCAACAGGACUAAUCUAAAUUCAAAACUAUCUCCUGACCCCUCGAAAAUUCCAACUUUUAGAGUUCCUGUCUCUCCUUUCUUUCUUAUCCUCUGCGACACAAAAUACACCCUUCCCUGUUCUCCCGUUUUCUACUUGAUGGGGUUCUUUGGGACCAAAUCAAGUAUGAAACUUAUGUAUAUCUUGUUUAAUUAGCCUGUUUCUCUUCUUUUUCUUCCAUGAUUUCAAUCGAUGGUGGUUCCAUCUCUUUGAUCUAUUCUGAUUAGGUCAAUUGAUGAUGUUUAUUGGGGCUGUUUUUGGUGAUCGAUUAUUUCAUGUGAUCUUCUGUGGGAAGGAAUUUGGGUGUUGAUUUGUUUCCAUGUCUGCCCUUUAUUGAAUCUUCAUCAUCCCAGAGGUGUUGAUGGUGUUGUUGUUUUUCAAAGUUGUGAAUUGUGGUUACUUUGCACAAACAGGUGUUCUUCCUUCCCUCUUCUGGCUCCGAUGGUGACCCUAACUUCUGGUGGUGGUCAUAACUACUAGUGGUGCUGCUGUUGGAUUUCCUUGAUUUGGUGGUGGAAGACUUGCUUCUCUCGGCGAUCGGGUGAUGUUGUUGGUGUUGUUCCUUGAGAUAUUCCGGUGAAGCUGGUGUCAGGUUCGGGUUGUUGAGUGCCAGUUUCCGGGCGGGUCUAUUUCUCUCGGGUUUGGGCUUUGGCCUGCCUUGUAUAGGCCUUGUCUGUUUCAGUUUGUUUAUAAGUUGGCCUUGUAUAGGCGUGUUGUUAGUUUGUUCUGGUGUUUGUAAACUGUUUUGUUGUCUCCACUUCUUCAGUGGAAUCUGUUAUCAGAGUCGGUUUCUUGUAUAUCGGUUUGGCUUCUUUAGUAAUCUCCAAUAUGGAUGCUAGUUAUCCCUUAUGAUUUGCUUUGGGGAUUUCCAAUAGUAUGGAUUUCCAAUUAAUAUUUAGUAGAAGCUUGUCGGUUUAUGGGUCGCCGUUACGGCAACUGGUUUACUUUUAGAGUCUUGUAACGUUGCUCUCCAGAUCUUUCCUUUAUUGAAAUAUCCCCUUUGUUCGAAAAAAAAUAAAUCGAAGUUCAAAACACUAAUAAUAGUAUUAAUAUAGCAUCAGUCAAGUCAAACUUUCGAACUUUAACUUGUCAACUUUCAAUGUAUUUUCUUGAUAAAAACUUUCUUGGAACUUUCACUAAUUAUUUUACGCAUUUUAUCAUCUAGUCUAGUCUAGCAAUAAACAAGAUACGAUUCUUAUCAUAUAGCAACACUCUAACAAACAGGAUUGCAGAAAUGAACUCAGUUACUGAAACAAAAAUCAGGUGUGCAGUUGUUACCGGUGGAAAUAAGGGAAUCGGAUUUGAAAUUUGUAAACAAUUAGCUACUAAAGGGAUUUCAGUUGUGUUGACUGCUAGAGAUGUAACCAAAGGAUUAGAAGCUGUUGAAAAGCUCAAGAAUUCAUAUGGACUUUCUAAUGUUAUUUUUCAUCAACUUGAUGUGAUGAAUCCAGUUACUCUUCAUUCAUUAGUUGAUUUCAUUCGAAGCCAUUUUGGGAAACUGGAUAUUUUGGUGAAUAAUGCUGGAAUUCUUGGAGCAAUAACUGAUGCUGCUGGAUUCACGGCAACUUUGCAAGCUCUUGAGGCAACGGUAGCUCUUGGGGAGGACCAGAUCAAAGAGAAGCCAAAUUUGAAACAAGUGAUAAACGAGACUUAUGAAUUGGCAGAAGAAUGCGUGCAAACAAAUUAUUACGGUGUGAAAUCAGUGACCAAAGCACUUAUUUCUUUACUUCAACUCUCUAGUUCACCGAGAAUUGUUAAUGUUACCUCCACCAUUGGAAUGCUACAGUUUGUCUCCAAUGAAAAUGCUUUGGAAAUACUUAGUGACGGGGAUGGCUUAAAAGAAGAGAGUGUGGACGAGAUGGUGAACAUGUUUCUUAAGGAUUUCAAGGGGGGUUUAUUAGAAUCAAAAGGAUGGCCUUCAUGUCUACCUGCAUAUACAGUUUCAAAAGCAUCUUUGAAUGCUUAUACGAGGAUACUAGCAAAACAAUUUCCUAGUUUUCGCAUAAAUUGCGUAUGUCCUGGUUGGGUCAAGACGGAUAUUUGCUACCAUAGUGGAGUUUUAACUACCACAGAAGGUGCAGAAAGAGUUGUGAAUUUGGCUUUUAUACCUGAUGAUGGUCCUUCUGGUCUCUUUUUUAGCCAUGGAAAAAUAACUUCAUUUUGAUGCAUCAGGCAUACCACAGAGCAAGAAAGCUGUCAUAUUAUCUUUUUACGGAUCAUGUAAUUUUUGUUCUCAUCAGUUUUUACUUUGUGUACUUGGUAAUGGUAACCUAUAACCGGUGUUAGAUAAUAAUAAAGCCGCUCGUACUGUACAUCUAAACAAGUUUAAGUGUACUUCAACUGUUGUAAUGAGAAGAGUAAAUUUCACCUUAA